CUAAUUCUUUAAGCAUUAUAUGUACACUAGAUUGCCAAAAGUAUUGUCCCCGCCCUCCCAAUCAUGUGAUUCAGGUGUUCCAAUCCCCUCCCAAUCACGUGAUUCAGGUGUUCCAAUCCCCUCCCAAUCAUGUGAUUCAGGUGUUCCAAUCCCCUCCCAAUCAUGUGAUUCAGGUGUUCCAAUCCCCUCCCAAUCAUGUGAUUCAGGUGUUCCAAUCCCCUCCCAAUCAUGUGAUUCAACUGUUCCAAUCCCCUCCCUAUCAUGUGAUUCAGGUGUUCCAAUCCCCUCCCAAUCAUGUGAUUCAGAUGUUUCAAUCCCCUCCCAAUCAUGUGAUUCGGGUGUUCCAAUCCCCUCCCAAUCAUGUGAUUCAGGUGAUCCGAUCCCCUCCAUGGACACAGGUGUAUACAAUCAA